UGCUCUGGGUCUGUUCCAGUUCCGGAAAGUUCUGUCAGGGUUGAAGUGACUGGACUGGUCGGAGUGGAGUUGCUGUCCCCGUGGCACAGAGACGGGUCUGAGGCUCGGCUCCGCCUCCCGGGGUGCCCCGCGCCAGGCCCGGGACAGGGACCGCCGCGCCCGCGUACCACCGCCUCUCCCGGCCCCGUUCCGCCCACAGACUCCGAUGGCGGCGGCGGCGCUGAGGGACCCGCCUCAGGGCAAUGUGACUUUGGAGGACGUGGCUGUAUACUUCUCCUGGGAGGAAUGGAGUCUCCUUGAUGAGACUCAGAGACACCUGUACCAUGAUGUGAUGCUGGAGAUCUUUGCACUUAUAUCCUCACUGGGUUGUUUGUGUGGCAUAGAGAAUGAUGAGGCUCCUUCAGGAGAGAGUGUUUCUCAGGAAAGAAUGCCACAAAUCAGGACUCUAAAGCCAGAUCCAUCAACCCAGAAAGCUCAUCUCUGUGAGAUGUGUGUUCCUGUCAUGAAGGAUGUUGUGUACCUGGCUGAGCAUCAAAGAGCAUAUACUGGGCAGAAAUUGUGUACAUGUGUGGCAUGUGGGAAACAAUUCUGUUUCAGGGCGAAUCUUCACCAACACCAGAAGGAGCACAUUGGGGAAAAACCUUGCAGCAAGGAUAUGGAUGGGACCUCCUUUGGGAAGAGCUACAGGAUCUAUUCGUCAGAGAAGCCUUUCACCUGUGGGGAGGGUGGAAAGGACACUAUCGACCUUUUCCAGCACCAGGCCACUCCUAAAGCAGUACUGAGUAUACACAGCAGUACUGGGUGUGAGGAGGCCUUUCACAGUGGGAAAAGUCCUUACAAGUGUGGUGAAUGUGGGAAAGCCUUCUGCCACAAAUGUACACUUGUUCAGCACCAAAGAAUUCACUCUGGAGGACUGUUUGAGUGCAGCGAGUGUAGGAAAACCUUCACUUACAAGCACACAUUUCUUCGGCACAAAACAGUUCAUACUGGAGAAAGGCCUUUUGAGUGCAGUGAAUGUGGGAAGGCCUUCAGGUUCAAAUAUAAAGUUGUUCAGCACCAGCGUAUUCACACUGGAGAAAGGCCUUAUGAGUGUGCUGAAUGUGGGAAAGCUUUUGGGUGCAAAUCCAAACUUGUUCAGCACCAGAGAAUUCACACUGGAGCAAAGCCUUAUAAGUGUACUGAAUGUGGCAGAUUCUUUAGACAAAGCUCGAUCCUUGCUCAGCACCGGAGAACUCACACAGGAGCAAGGCCUUAUGAAUGUGGCGAAUGUGAGAAAUCUUUUAGCCAAAGCUCCAGCCUCAUUCAGCACCGCAGAAUUCACACUGGAGAAAGGCCAUAUGAAUGCAGUGAAUGUGGGAAAUCCUUUUGCCAAAGUUCCAGCCUCAUUCAGCAUCGAAGAGUGCACACAGGAGCAAGGCCUUAUGCGUGCAGGGAAUGUGGGAAAUCCUUUAGCCAAAACUACAGCCUAAUUCUACAUCAAAGAAUUCACACUGGAGAAAGACCUUAUGAAUGCAAUAAAUGUGGAAAAUCAUUUAGCCAAAACUACAGCCUCAUUCAGCACCAUAAACUUCACACUAGAUAAAGGCCUCAAGAGUACAGCCAAUAUGAGGAACCCUUCAGUUAACAAUCUGCUUUAAUUCAACACCAAAAUCUCACAACUCAGGUCUAAGUUUUAGGAAUUAAGCUACUGUGGAAAAAAGCCUUCUGUGUGAGGAAAUCUGCAUAAGAUAAUGGCCUUAGACCUUCAGGUCUUUGCUCAAUGUGAUAGCACUAGAGAGUCUCUGUGAAGAGCUAUCUGCCAUGAGUUCCAGGUAUGUGAGAAAUUUUCAGGAGCUGCAUUUCAUAUCUUACCUGCUCAGGACCCAUGCCAUAAUUAAGUCACUGCCAGGCUCAGUGGCAGAAGUCAACUCGCCUCUACCACCUGGCAGGUCCUCAUAUUGUGCAACAGUCACCACAUGCUCAGAGAAGACAGACCUUUGUGCUCUCUCUCCCAUUCUGUAGAGCAAGUCAUAGUGUGAGCCCCUGGGGCAUUCUCAUUCCCUUCUCCUCUGACUACUUAUGGCAUGGACCUGACCCACUUUUGGCCCAAAGGACCAAGUCUGAAGAACUGCUGGUGGCUUGUAAAGUUUUACCUUCUUCAUGGUAUUGCUGGUCUAUUUUGAAGCAUUUUCUAUCCUGCAAGUCACCAACCUGGGAACACUCUACCACACAUUGCUCUAGUUAGUACAGUAAUAAAAACCUUAUUGGCACCUUUAAUCUUUUUUUUCUUUUUUAGCCACACCACAUGGCAUGUCCUAGUUCCCCAUCUAGGGAUUGAACCUGUGCCCCCUGCCUUGGAAGCUCAGAGUCUUAUCCACUGGAUCAUCGGAGAAGUCCCAUCAUCUUUAAUCUUAAGAGUUUUAUUCACUGUGUAGGGUGGUUGAAAACAGAAUUUGAAAAAAAAGAAAACAAUUUGGCUCUGCUAGUUUGUAUGGGUGGGCAGCUUUCAUGAGGGCCUCAGGAGACAGUAUGAUGUCAGAAAGUCUCUCUUACUGCAUUUCUUGUCUAAGCUGUAUUCCUGUCUGUGGUGAAAUAAAUAUUUGGUGUUUGUCCCCA